GCUGCCUCUUAUCCGGUCCUCCUUAUCCGUGUUACUGAGCCAAUUUCUGUCCUCUUCUUCAUUCGUCCUGAUUCUGCUUCUUCUUCUGCUGCUGCUGCUGCAUAGCCUUCAUAUCUAUCCACUCUUUCUCAUUUCUCUGAUUUCCUCUGUCUAAUUCGAGUGCAGAUUGGUUCUUGGGGGUCAUUUUUUAUCUUCUUCUUCCUUCCCCUCUUCCCCAUUAAUCGCUGCUUUUUCCCAUUCAAGCAGGUGAUUUUUCUUUCUUUUUUCUUCCUGCUUUUUUUUUAUUCGUACCCCCUUCCUGUGAUUUUUGCCGGUUGUAGUGCUUUUAUCUAUGGCCUUGCUUUCGGCUUUAUUGGGAAUUCUGGGGAAAUCCUCAGUCGUCAAUAUAUUGGGUGACCUCUUUAUUUUUAUAGCUUCACUCUGGGUUGCGGUUAUCGUUGGUGUUUUGGUUGGGUGGGCAUGGAAACCCAAAUGGGCCAAUUUUGGCAGAGACAUGUUAGAUUGUAUGGUUCCGAAUGACACUAAUUCUCCAUUUUCCUCCUUGUCCACGUGUUUCGCUUCCAUUCCUAGCUUAAAUUCGUUUAAGAUUAAGUUUCCCAGUUUCGUCCCUUGGCCUUCCAAUGUUGGGUUUCAGGAGGAGUCUUCUUUCUCCGAGGGCAGUUCGUUGCAGGUUGAAAAAGAUAAAUCUCUCUUGACUGAGAAAGAUUUGGAGCAUUUAUGUAAGCUGGUUAAGGAAAAAGAUGGGGGCCCUGCUUGGAUUCAGAUGAUGGAUCGUUCUACCUCACGCAUGAGCUAUCAAGCCUGGCGGAGAGAUCCAGAGAAUGGACCGCCCCAAUAUCGCAGCAGAACUGUGUUUGAAGACGCAACUCCUGAUUUGGUGAGAGAAUUCUUCUGGGAUGAUGAUUUCCGAUUGAAGUGGGAUGACAUGCUUUUACAUGCUACGACAUUAGAAGAAUGCAACGUCACAGGAACAAUGGUAGUGCACUGGGUGCGCAAGUUUCCCUUUUUUUGUAGUGAUAGAGAAUAUUUGAUAGGUCGUCGAAUUUGGGAAUCAGGACAAUCUUACUACUGUGUAACUAAGGGAGUACCAUACCCCUCUGUGCCUCGACGCAACAAGCCUAAACGAGUUGAUCUAUACUAUUCUAGCUGGUGUAUUCGUGCAGUUGAAUCAAAGAAAACUGGAGAGCUGACUGCAUGUGAAGUGUUAUUGUUUCAUCAUGAAGAUAUGGGUAUACCCUGGGAAAUCGCUAAGCUUGGAGUUCGUCAGGGAAUGUGGGGAGCCGUGAAGAAGAUUGACCCCGGACUACGAAUGUAUCAGAAAGAGAGGGCUUCAGGUGCUCCGUUGUCUCGCAGUGCCUGCAUGGCUAAGAUCAACAAGAAAGUAGGUGAAGACUAUCUGAGAUAUCUGGAAAGCACAAGCAACAAUAACAACAACAUGCUGGAGAUUGAGAAUCAAGACUCUUCUGGCAAACCAGGUGGGAAGACCAUACCCAAGCUUCUAGUUGUCGGGGGAGCCAUCGCCCUUGCAUGCACCCUUGAUCGUGGUCUCUUGACUAAGGCAGUCAUAUUUGGAGUUGCCAGGAGGUUUGCAAAUAUUGGAAGGGGCUUGUGAAUUUGUGAUGACCGUUCAAGACAUCUUGCCAGCGGAAAAGAGUAACACAUUAAUUUGUUGCCUUCAAGAAAUUGUUCAUUCGCAUUGUCUUUUUCCCUUCCUUUUUUUUUUUUUUCAAUUUCAUAAGGGCAAGCUAGCUUUUAAGUGCAAGAAGGGAGCUUGUAUAUUGUUUUUGUAAUUGAAGGCAUCUCACAUCUUACUUCAGUAAUAACAUCAAUAUUGUUUUGCUCCA